AUGGUGGUGCUGUUCGUAGUCACGAACCUAGUGGACGUGGAGUUGGUUGUGAAUACGGAGCUCGUCGUGGUAUCAGUCGGGGCAGUUGCCGAACUGGUCAAGGUGCUAUUGGUUGUUAAUGCCGAGCUGGUUGAGAAGCUCGUAGAAGAAGUUGCAGUAGACGAAAACGUUGUGCUGUUCGUCCAAGAAAAGCUUGUCGUGGUGUCCGUGGGAGCAGUUGCAGAGCUAGUUGACGUUGAGUUGGUCGUCAAUGCUGAGCUUGUUGUCGAGUCGGUAGAAAUCGUCGCGGUAGAUGAGAAAGUUGUGCUGUUCGUCCAAGCAGAGCUUGUUAUGGUGCCUGUCGAGGUAGUUGCAGACUCGGUAGAAGUAGAGUUCGUUGUGAAAGUUGAGCUUGUGAUGGUAUCUGUCGAAGCUGUUGUCGUAGAUGGGAAAAACGUUGUGCUGUUCGUCCAAACAGGAGUGGUUGUAUUACCUGUCGAGAUAGUUGUAGACCCAGUUGUAGUAGAAUUGCUUGUAAAAGCUGAGCUCGUGAUUGUACCAGUUGAAGCAGUAGUUGUAGUUGACAAAAACGUUGUGCUGUUCCUAGAAGCAGAGCUUGAAGAGCUUGUUAUGCUACCUGUCGAGCCAGUUGCAGACGUAGUGGAAUUCUCAGUGGCUGUGAAAGAUGAGCUUGCCGUGGUAUCCGUCGUAACACUCGUGGAAGUGAUGGCAGAAGAGUUGGCUGUGGGAGAAUGA